AUGAGGGAGGUGGCAAUCCUUGGCCCGAACGUGCGUGGAUGUAUGUCGGCUACGGUGUGCUGUGCGGCCUUAAUGUGGUCAUCUUUCUCUUUUUCAGCCCGGCGCUUCUGCGCGUCAUCUCCUACCUGGGCGAGAAGACAUUGUACACUCCCUCCCCCGUGUAAGCAGAGCUGUCAGGCGCAUGUUUUGGCAGACUCCGCCGCCGUGCUAGAUCUUCGUCAUAGUACCAGGAUCAGCAUUCAACACAAUCUUUUUUCUUGUCGCAGUUGUGACGAUGGGGUGUUUUCAUUGGCUCACUCCUCGUCGCAGGGAAUGCCAUGGGUGUCGUGCAGCCCACGUACACCAACGCUUGCCGUGCUUGAGGGCACGAGUCGGAAUUAG